CUGACACACAGAACCAGAACCGGCCAUGGGCUUCUCAGGUCCCGGAUCAGUAGUUCUUGCCCCCCUCUUCUUGCUCGCCCUUCUCACGGGUCUUUGCUCCGGAGGGUCUGACGCACCGCGGGGGGUCGCCGUGGGUUUUGUGUUCGACCUGAAGGCGCAGUGCGACCCUCCGUGUGCGCACGGAGGGGUCUGCAUCCGAAACAACUCCUGCUUCUGCUCCAAGGGCUACGAGGGAGAGAGCUGCCAGUACGCCAACUGUUCUCCCAAAUGUAAAAAUGGUGGAGAGUGUCUUCGACCAGGAAAAUGCAGAUGUCCACCUGGAUUCGGAGGUAGAUUCUGUCACAAAGUGACGUGUGAUGGAGGAUGUUGGAACGGGGGAGAGUGCACCGCGGUCAAUGGAGAGGCCAAGUGCAUCUGCACCUCCAGCUGGACCGGGUCAACAUGUCAACACGCGAUCUGUCCGCAGGGCUGCAGGAACGGGGGCACCUGUGUGGCUCCGGGGACCUGCAGCUGUCCGGAGGGCUGGCUGGGCGGAGCCUGUCAUACAGCCGUGUGCAGCCGGAGCUGCCUGAACGGAGGGAAGUGCAUCUCUCCCAACAAGUGCCGCUGUCGGCCAUCUUUCUCAGGUCCUCGCUGCGAGGAGAGGGAAAAAUCUCACUGAUCUCCUCCAAACAUCAUGGAUUACUUUUUGUAGCUCAUUUCUUUAAUGUGUUUUUUAAAUAAUAAACCAGUUUUUUAUGAUUUGAUUGUAUAAAAAUAAUACAGAAACUUUGUAAUUUGUUAUUAAAUCAUAAAAAAUGUAUCCAUGUGUCAAAAUUUAUUGAAUUAAACAGAAGGAAAGAAGUUU